AUGAACAUAGCUUUUCAUCAUAUAAAAAAAUUAAACAAUUGGCUUAAUUUAUUUCUUGGUGACCAAAUUACACGCAUUGUUUAUACACGAUCAACUGAACCAUUAUCACAUCCACAUAAGAUUAUAACUAAUAAAGGGAGAGAAGCUGUAGCCUAUCUUCAAUAUAUUGUUGAUCAUUAUUCAAAUUUACCAUCAUCAAUAGUUUUUGUUCAUGGACAUCGAACAUCUUGGCAUCAAAAAGAUCCAUCAGAUAUUGUUACUGCAUUACGAGCAUUACAAUGGAAUAAAUAUAAUUAUAUGCCAUUAACUAGUGAAAAAACUCAUUGUACAUUUAAACAGAAUUCAAUCGAUCCUCAAAUAAAAGUUAAUUAUGAAUUAUGGCAAGCUGUUUUACAAAAAGAACUUGGUCCUCCACCAGAAAAUGNUUAUGGUAAAUAG